AAUAUAUCAAUCGGACAUUUGUGUUAUUGUGUUUAGUCAUUGUGCUUUGUAGUUGUAGCAUAUGCAUGAUGCAUCCAUAAUCCUCCGCCGUCGAAGAAGUCCUCCGCCGUUCCUAAUCUCUUCAAUCUCUCCUAAUCAUCCGCCGUUCCUAACUCUCCUUCAAUCUCUCGUUUCCGUCGAAGAAGCUCGCAACUCUCUUCAAUCUCUUGUCACGCAUCUCUCCCCUCCGUUGCCGUCGAAGAACCUCAAAAUUACUCGGUUGUUUACCAUCGUUUUCACGAUUCCAAAUUAUGCUAAGUCACUAAUGUUGUCUUUAAAGAAAUCCUCAAUAGCUACUGUUAGUUCUCUUUUGAGGUUGUGCAAUGGAUGUUGUUCGCACAAUGUUGCGAAUUGUAUCAAAGGCCGCAAUACGUUAAGGGCUAUGUCCACUGCUGCUGAAAGGUGGGAUUAUCAAUUUUCUGGUGAUUACCAUUCAGAUGGUUCUUUAGGUUACAAGCAAAAUCAAGCUGGCUUUUAUCAGCAAAAUGCAAGUGGAUCUUUUCGUAAUAAUCAUCCUAGUUCAGACCAAGUUUCUUAUGGAGCUGGUCAAACAGCGGGUGGAGGAAAUGUAAAUAUCAGCCAGAAUGUAUUUCAAAAUAAUUUGGCGGAGCAUAAUGGAAAUGUCAGAGGGGGGGAAUUUGGUCAAAGAAACUCCCAAACGCAACAUAAAGUUGGGUUAAGUGUUGAUAAUUUAAGGGGCUUUGGGAUGCAUCCUAAUGGGUCUCUUGAGGGACAUAAUUGGACACUAGAAUCUGGAGAAAAGAUGAAGUUUCCCAAUUCAUAUAGUUCACCUAGGCCUUUAGAAUAUCGGGGAAAUCACAAAGAGAACCUUAAUCAAAACAUCGGUCAUUUUCAGAAGGCACCAAAUAUGAAUACUCAAAACAUCGGUCGUUUUCAGCAGGCACCAAAUUUGAAUACUCAAAACAUCGGUCGUUUUCAGCAGGCACCAAAUUUGAAUACUCAAAACUCUGCUUAUGGACAAUCUCAACAUAAUCUAAAUGGCCGAUAUCCACCAAAUUUGAAUACUGCACAGAAAUCAACGGUUGGACCUCCUCUAUUCAGUAAUGCAAAACCAGAUGGUGAGUCCGUUGAUGCAUCUAAUGAUAGUCCAUAUAGAGGUACACUUGAGGAGCUGGAUGGUUUUUGCGUGGAAGGUAAAGUGAAGGAAGCAGUUGAAGUUUUGCAAGUGUUGGAAAAGCUUCAUAUUCAUGUGGAUUUGAAUCGUUGUUUACAAUUAAUGCACCAAUGUGGGAAGGCUAAGUCUCUUAAAGAGGCAAAAGUUGUACACAAACAUGCUUUGCAGCAUUUGUCACCUCUCAAAGUCAGCACAUGCAAUAGAAUAUUGGAGAUGUAUUUUGAAUGUGGGUCUGUAGAUGAUGCGGUCAAUGUGUUCAAGAACAUGCCUGAGUAUGAUUUGACUACGUGGUAUACUAUGAUAACACAACUUGCUAAGAAUGGGUUUGCAGAAGAUUCAAUUGAUAUAUUUACUCAAUUCAAAGAAUCGGGACUGAAACCCGAUGGCCAAAUGUUUAUUGGGGUUUUUACUGCAUGCAGCAUGUUGGGAGAUACUGAUGAGGGAAUGCUGCACUUUGAAUCCAUGACCAGGGACUAUGGCAUUGUACCAACUAUGGCGCAUUAUGUCAGUCUAGUUGACAUGAUUGGCAGUAUUGGGCAUCUUGAUGAAGCCUUUGAAUUCAUUGAAAAGAUACCAUUGGAACCAAGUGUAGAGGUAUGGGAGACUUUGAUGAAUAGUUCCAGAGUUCAUGGAAACACCGAGUUGGGGGAUCGUUGUGCUGAACUAGUUGAAAAGUUGGAUCCUUCUCGUUUGAAUGAGAAAUCAAAAGCUGGCCUCUUACUUGGAGAAACUUCAGACUUAAUAAAAAACAAGGAGCCGAACAAAAGCAAGAAUCUUCUAGAAGUUCGUAGUCGAAUCCAUGAAUAUCGAGCAGGAGAUACUUCCCAUCCAGAAAAUGACAAAAUAUAUGCUUUGCUUAGAGGUUUGAGGGUCCAAAUGAAAGAAGCUGGUUAUAUUCCAGAGACGAGAUUUGUAUUGCAUGAUAUAGACCAAGAGGGCAAAGAAGAUGCUCUCCUUGCCCACAGUGAGAGACUUGCUGUUGCUUAUGGUCUCCUUAACAGUCCUGCUCGUUCUUCUAUUAGAAUAAUUAAGAAUCUCCGUGUUUGUGGUGAUUGUCAUACUGCACUGAAGAUAAUUUCUGACCUUGUGGGUAGAGAACUCAUCAUCCGUGAUGCUAAAAGGUUCCACCAUUUUAAAAACGGGCUUUGCUCUUGCAGGGAUUAUUGGUGAACAUUAACCUUAGGUACUUUCCACUUUUGAUAUCUAAAUAUAUAUAUUCUAACUGAAGUGAUCUUGAUUUUCCACUUCACUAAAAUAUUUGAAGAAAAAUGAAUUGUUUUGAAAUUUGUAUAUUAAAGUUAAGCUUCCUGUAGACUUUAGUUUAAAUUCUUAAGUCAAUGCAAAAAAUAAGAUACAUGUUUUCGGUUUUAGUAACAUGCUUUUAGGAGCAAAGCAAAUUUACUUGACCAUCUAUUUCUUAUGAUUACGAAACUCGAUGUUUUGAUUAAAAACAAAGGAUUGCAUGACAGUUCAAUCUCAUAUUAAUGGCUAAUAUAGCCUUAAUGUUUCUUUAUAGGAUUGACUGUAAUGGGAUAUUGAUUUUCACUUUCAUGAGUUACAAUUAUAGAUUUGGGAUUAUAAUAGAAAUGAAUAUGUUCAGUU